AUGACAAUAACAACAUACCCCGGGGCCUUCACCUCCGACCCAAAUCUCACCAAUCUAUCUCUAUCUCGACUGCUCGCCCGUCUUGAACAUAAUCUGCUCUCGUCCUCCGCGGACUUGAAGCCGCUUCGUCGGUCGGAGUAUCAGCGUAUGAGAGUGGGAGCUAAUAUAGAAUAUGCCCGUGCUACGCUCCAAGAAUUACAACGGAGUCUCCUGCAGAUUAAACCAGUCGACCGUCGUCAUGAAAUUCAAUCGGAUAUUACCCGGGACCGCCAGACCCUGAAACGGUUACAGAGUGUACUAGACCACCUAAACGCUGAAGCGGAGAUAAAGUUCUCCGCAAAAGAUGGGCAGCGGCUGCCCGAUGUGGAGGGAAUUUACGAGGAUGAGGACGAGGAGUCAGUGGACGGGGAGGAUUUGCUCGGGACACCGGAGGAGGGGAAUACACCUGACGAAGGACGGGAGAUAGGCACAUUAGGAGAUGAGACAGAGGGAGUUGAGAUCGCCGCGCAGGAGGAAACAAAGACGAUCCCUGGGCAGAGCUCCGAGUCCUUGUCGCAUGAGACAACGGCAACGACGGCGACAGCGGACCCUACAGCUACCGCUACUACAGUUUCGCCUACGCCAACGUCUACCUUACGAAACCGACAUAAUGGCCCGACGGACUUUCCAGCCAAAGCAACAGGUUCUUCUUUACACGAACACAACAUCUCUGCACAACCAUCUUCUUCCUCAACUGCCAAAAUACAAUCCACCGAAGAAACACUCGACACACACCGUCGCGAACAAGAAGACAUCACUAACUCUCUUCUGUCCCUUGCGACGCAGCUCAAGUCCUCGUCGCAAGCCUUUCAAUCCUCUCUGGAAUCAGAAAAGUCCGUACUGGCCCGUGCCGUCGAGGGUCUGGACCGCACGACAGGCAAUAUGGAGGCAGCAGAACGACGAAUGGGUAUGUUGCGUCGCAUGACCGAAGGGAAGGGUUGGUGGGGACGGAUGAUGCUCUAUGCUUGGAUCUUUGGGUUAUGGAUCGUUGCGGUGUUGAUUGUAUUCAUCGGCCCGAAAUUGCGGUUCUGA